AGGUGCAUAUUCUUUUUGUUUGUUUAGGGGACAGCAGUCUUUUGUGGGCUUGUCGCAAUCUUAGGAUAACACUUUUUCCUGUCCAGUUAAACCUGAAAUAGAUCUUUAACUGUAGAAUUAAAUUUCUGUUUCUAGUUGAUUGUAAAGUUGAUUAAAUGAAAAUAGUUUAGACAAGCUGCAUGCAAUGUGUUUCAUUAUACUGAAGAUAAUAUCACAGGGUAAUUAGUUUACAAAUUUUAAAAAAUUAAUUUACAAGUAGUUUACAAAAUCUACAGAUAUGAUAGAUUAAUCAAUUUUCUACUCUUUUCCAUCUGUCUAGUUUUUAUAUUUCUUAUUUUUCAUAUAUCUCACUGUUUGUCUUAUUCUUCUAAUUGCUUCUCCAGGCAAACUAUUUGAAAUCCACUGAUUUCCUUUUGGAACAUGAUCUGAAAAAAAAGAUGGAAAACCACACCAAGAUAACCGAAUUCAUUUUGGUUGGGUUCAAAUCUCAUCCAGGAUCACAUCUCCUCCUCUCUGUUCUCUUCUCAACAAUGUAUGCUGUCACAGUUGUAGGAAAUGUCUGCAUGAUACUCAUCAUUAGAAUGGACUCCAAACUGCACACUCCAAUGUACUUUUUCCUAGAGAACUUGUCAGCCUUGGACAUCUGCUAUUCCUCUGUCAUCACUCCCAGAGCAACACUGAUAUUCUCACUGGACAGAAGAAACAUUUCUUACAAUGGCUGUGCUUCACAAAUGUUCUUCUUCUCUCUCUUUGGUACAACAGAAGCCUUCUUUCUUGCUGUGAUGGCUUAUGAUCGUUUCACUGCCAUCUGCAAUCCACUGCUGUACCAAGUGAUUAUGAAUAAAAGACUCUGUGUUUUCAUGGUGAUGGCCUCUUAUCUGUCAGGCUGCAUCAACUGCACCAUCCAAACAGGCUUUACAUUCAGUUUGUCCUUUUGUGGACACAAAGAAAUAAACCACUUCUUCUGUGAUGUUGCUGCAGUGAUGCAUGCUUCCUGUUCAGACACACUCGUCAAUGAACUAGUAAUGCUGACUGUGUGUGGAUCCAUUAUUGUGGGCACUGCCUUGGUGGUUUUUAUCUCCUAUGGUUAUAUAAUCAUCACAAUUGUCCAAAUGCCUUCAGCUGAAAGCAGGCACAAGGCCUUCUCCACCUGCUCCUCUCACAUGAUGACCAUCUGCUUGUUCUUUGGGACAGUUUUCUUCAUGUAUGCUCAGCCUGGGGCCACAUCUUCACCUGACAAAAAUAACACCAUCUCCAUCUUCUAUACUAUUGUUAUUCCCAUGCUAAACCCUUUCAUCUACACCCUUCGAAACACGGAGGUAAAAGGGUCUCUGAAAAAACAAUUAAAAAGGAAAGGGUUUUUUUAG